ACUCCUGUUGGCGUUGGCUAUGACCUCAGCGAGCAGAUCAUCCAAAGGGAAUCAGCAUCGCUUUCACCAGUCAAUUCGCCACCAGCAGCAUGUUGGAAGAGAAGGUGUUGACAUCGAUGAAUUUCUAUCGGUGGGGGAAACAGUGGGUAAAGAAGAAAGGCAACGGAGAGGUGAGGGGUAUCUUCUUCUCCUUCUCUUCAGACGUGAUCAUUCAGGAGUCAAGGGAUGAAGUGGGUUUAACCACAAGUCGAUUACUGACCGCCAUCCUCCAAAUCGAAUCCAUCCCAGUAAUAAUGCCACAACUGUCUCCGCUCUCCGGUGGCGCAAUGAAUCACCAUCAUGUUCUAGAAGACAUUUGGAAGCCCCUUAGCCACCAGAUCGAAGCUUCGAUGCCAUGUCCGUUCCCGGCUGAAGGAUUGACCAUCCCCAUCUUUUCCUCUGCCCCGUCUCUCCUUUUUCUUUUCUUUUUUCUUUUAAAAAAAUCUUAGCAAUUCCCAGUCCCGAGUUUCGGGUUAUUUUAGAUUUUGAUCAGGAGAGGAAGACUAUUGAGCCGAGCACCUCCGCUAUUGAAGGCGUCGACGGGCUAGUCGAGCAAACGAGCGGGUGACGUUGAUCCAGACCAUCCGAAACCGAAAGUCCCCG